GUUGGGACGACAACUUCCUUGGUAACAAGCAGCUUGCUUGGAGAUGCCUGGUUAGCAUGUAGCUAAAUGUUACUUCGGAGGAUAUUUUCUGAAAUUUCUUAAUUACUAAUAUAUGAAACAGAGUGCAUGUUUGGCGUUAUGGGUGUAGCGGAAACUAAGCUGUAAAACUAACAUUGUUUUUACAGCUGAUUUAACUAUUUAGCUCCGGAUCCGUUCACCGAACCAUGUCUCCGCUAGCCAAAUGAUUAUUAGCCGUUUGAAUUCACUUCACGUCCUCCUCCUGUGUGGACGUUUGGCUCUCUCAGCCACAGAUGUAGUGGUCACUGACUCUACCAUCUCCAGCCAAACAAAUGGGGGCCCUUUCAGUUCACCCACCCCGACUUACGGGGUGGGUGAACAGACCCACCCCGUAAGCCGGGGUGGGUCCUCUGUGGCCCCCGUAACAGAGGGUGUUACGGGGGCUUCCUCUGUGGCCCCCGUAACACCCUCUGUUGCGGGGGCCACAGAGGAAGCCACUCUUUAUCCCACUUUGGGCACAGAAACUCCGUCUCCUACCACCGUCCGAACUCCGAUGUCAUCACAGGGCGACCCACAGAUUUGUCUCUGUGAUUUAACUCCUGACUUCUGCGACAUCGGCUGCUGCUGUGACACAGCUGAUUGUGAUGUUGCCAACCUAACCACCGUCUUCACCGGCUGUCCAAAAGAAGACGUGAAACGAGUUUGCAUCGAAAAAUGGCUGAUGUUCAGAGCCAACGUGGAUCCAUCACUCGUCACGGUGACGGACACAUUGUUUUGUGUUCAGGCAGCAGCAGCAGCAGAAGCAGCAGCAGAACCGCCGUCUCUUCCUGCUUUGACUCGGUUUCCAGCGACAGGUGAUGUCUACCAUUUCUCACCUCGAGAAUAUCCGAUCCCAGCAUACAGGAGACAUUUUCACCAGGUUGAUGAUCUUAUCCAGACGUGUUGGUACAACUUCUCAGUGCAAGGCUUCCUAAAUCAGCCGGCCCCUGGUGCCGCCUCUUCCUUCUGCUUCAACCGUAACCCUGCAAAGUUUUUGAGAUCUACGUCGCUCUCUUGCACCCGGAUGGUGACCUCUCAGUCCUGCACCACCGAUCCGGAUCUCAGCUCCAGCUCUUACUAUUUUAACAUGAGUCUCGUAACGGUUCCAACAACGGACACCAUGAAAAUAACAUCAGAUCUUUUGGUCCCUGUUACACCGCUGUCUGACUGGCCUGCACCUGUCAAGCAAAACGGCUUUUGUUUAAAUGUUGUGAAGACGGUACAGUUUUUGGUUUACUACACACCCAAAGGGGAGCUGACGAACGCCUCCAUCAACUUCACCCUGAUUGACGUUCCUCUUCAGCAGCUGGUGCUCCAGACACACUCUGUAGAAUUUCAACGGGACACACCCAGACCCACUUCUGUGAAACCAAAACCACCUGCAGUUGGACUGAGCGAGGGAUCUGCUGUCAUGGCGCUUAUUGACGGAGAAAUGCAGCCGUUGAAGUCACUUGGCGUGUCAGACGGUGGCAGGUGUUCCUCCGAUCCCAGCAGGCUAUCGUCCAUCCUCUUCACACACAACACCAUCAAUGGCUGCACAUUCAGUUCUGAAACUCAGAAUUGCACUGAGCUGCGUUCACAGAUUUAUGAGAUCUUCCGAGGAUCCACUGCUCCAGAUGAGAUCGCCAUGAACUCGGGCCUCCAACCGAACUGGACGAGAGUUCUGAUACAGGACUGUCAGAUCGAUCCGCAGGAGUCAUGUGAAUCUGGCUGCAACCUUCCUCUCUCUUUCUCCAUCCAAAUUGUUUGGGCUCGUCAGGGAUUCAUCGAGGUUCCUCAGAACCACAUCCUGGGAGCCAAAUUUCUCUUCCGCUGUCAAAAAGUCCAGUGUCCGUUAUCAUCUCCUCUCACCCUGACGGCCAAAGCCACGUUCGUAGAAACCACAGUUUACCCAGAAGCCCCCAGAGGGGUUCCUCAGCCUCACUGGAGGUUUCCGUUCGGCUUCUUCAUGCGAGGCGCCGCGGAGCUGGACGGCCAUCUUGAUACGAACGGCUGCGGCGCUGAGAAGGUCACAUGGAGUUUAAUGGUGUUCCCACUGUUGCUGCUAUCAGAGUUAGGAUUCCUCACGUUACAGAACGUAACGUGAAAUUUUUUAAUUGUGCAGCUAUUUUUCAAAAAUAAAACACUAUUUUACAUAACAAAUGCACAGAAGAGGAUUAGGGCCAAUGGAAAAGAAUUCAGGCUUUAAUCCCUGAGAUUAAAGCCUGAAUUCUGACUUUAAUCUCAGAAUUCUGACUUUUAUUUCUGAAUUCUG